AUGCGUUUGCGAUUUUCCAGUAACGAACUCAGAGGUGCUCUGUACAGUUUUCUCAUGCAGCAGCGACACGUUUACAAUUGUCAAAGAAUCUUGCCAGUGAUUCGAAAAGAAACAGACGUGUUAAAACUCGCCAACGUCUUAUUUGAGAGCAACUAUGAAGAUGUAGACGAUCUCUGCUUAGCCACGGCGUUGAGCUUUCGCGCGAGACUUUUUGCAAAUGCGUUGAGUGAAAAUAUUGUUCUAAGACUUCUUUCGCACGAUAUUACGAAAAUAAAUGCACCGACGAAACUUGCGAGGCUAUGCCAAUAUUUCGUAGUCCGCAUGAAACUCACGAGAGGUGUUCUCGAUGUCGAAGAGGUGAUGGAACAAAGCGACAUCAAAUUUGACCGCGUUAUGAUCGAAGGUAAAUUGAAGAAGAAACGAAAGAGAAAGAAGAAAGCAGAGUGUGCAAGCGCCGAGAAUAACAAGCCAAGCUGGCGCAUUGAUGGUGAACCGAUGGUGAUUAGCGUAAAAAGUGACUUAGUGGAUAGAAUAUUAGAGAGAUACAUAGCUUAA